AUGUGUAGUAGCCGACUUCACUCUUCCUUUUCGGGUGAAAUCACCUGUAAAAAGCAAAGCAAAGCAAAGCAGCAUCCUCUAAAAUCAAAACCAACCAAACCACCCCCAAUCGCUCUCGUCCCCAUCCAUUAUUCCCCGACGCAUCCCCAAUUCCUAAGCUUCAUCUGCGAUUUCAAUUUCCCCUCAAAUCCAUCCGUAAACCCUAGCUCAAUUUCGAUUCAACAUCUUCCACUGUCAAUCAUGGACGCUGACUCUUGGGCUGCUCGUCUAUCUUCUACAUCCAAGCGAUACCAAUAUGCUCUUCAAUCUCGAUCAUCUGAUAUGUUUAUGGGGUUCGAGGACAUCGAGGUGGAUGAUGAUAUCAGGGAAGAAUUUCCAUGCCCCUUUUGCACCGGUUAUUUCGAUGUAGUGGGUUUGUGUUGUCAUAUUGAUGACGAGCAUCAUGUUGAGGCCAAGAAUGGGGUGUGUCCGAUUUGUGCUGUGAGGGUGGGGGUAGACAUGGUAGCACAUAUAACCUUACAACAUGGAAACAUAUUCAAGAUAUCCUUUUUUUUUUAUAUGAUUGUGAAAUCCUUAACCAAAACUUACAUGCAACAAAAGAGAAAGUGUCGCAAAGGUAGUUCUGUAUCAACACUUUCAUUGUUAAGGAGGGAACUAAGAGAAGGAAAUUUGCAGUCUUUAUUUGGAGGUUCCUCUUAUAUAGUUCCAUCAGCAAAUGCAGCACCUGACCCUUUGUUGUCAUCAUUUAUUUUGCCAAUUGUUGAUGAUCUUGGGAGCACUCAAUCUAAUUCAACACCUGAAUCAGUUUCUGUAACCAAAAGCACAACUGAAAAAGUAUCUGAAAGAAAAGCUCAAACACCUCCAUUGUCGAUUGAAGAUAAGGAAGAAAGGAGCAGAAGAUCGGAAUUUGUGCAAGGAAUGUUGAUGUCAACUAUUCUUGGUGAUGAGUUGCGUGACUACUUACCGAGAUUUCAUGAGAAAGCUCUAUUUCUCUUUGUCAAUCGAAUAAGGAGCCACGUAGUACCGUUGGCGCCAUCCGAAACCAUCAUGUCUGAUAAACACAAACCAUCACGAACCACACUUGAUUCACCUUUUAGCCCAAUAAAUAUGAUACCAGCUUUCACACCACAAACAAACCCUUCGUCGAGCACACUGCAAACAACACCAACACCAACGCCAUCUCAGCCGACCAUAGACACCCUCCUAGCAAAAGACACAAACAACGAUAAUAGAGCAAAUAAGGAACCUUCAAUGGAGAAAAAGAAGUCAAUACAAGCAAAUUCCGCUACAUUCGAAACAACAAGCAGUUUAAGCAUAAGAUUAGUAAACAGAAAAGCCACGCUCGAAGUUGGCCUCCAAGCUUAA